AUGUAUGUUUUCAUCCAUCCAUCAACAAUACGAUGUCCUAGAUGUGUGCGGUUUAUGAAUCACUUAUCUGUUUCAAUUUCUCAAGUUCGUUAUCUUGCAACCGCUAACGAUCCACUCCCGUUACCGAUAAACAAUGAUGAACUUGAGACCAGUACUGAAAUAGACAGAAAUGUUUCACGUUUGCCUGAAGAUGUCUAUCGACAUUUCAAAGGUGUGCCACCUACGGAAAUCAAAGAACAGUAUCAUACACGAACAAAAUUACGUGCACUUUGGGGUAAAUAUGGCCGUAAGACUGGCAUAGAUCCCAAACUAUGUUGGCCAACUCAAAGCGAAAUGGACGAAAUUAUUGAUGAUGAGCGUGUAUAUAAUAUGGAAUUGAGUGAAAAAAUCAAAAUAGUAAAAGAACGACGUGAAGCUAAACAGAAAGAAGCUGAUCAAAUUCAAGCGAAAGUUGAGAAAAAUCUGAAAAACAUGCCGAAAAUGAUCGAUGAUUUCCGAAAGCGAACUGUCGAACGUGAACGUGCGAAGAAAGCCGAAGUCAGAGUCAAGAGUGAUCUAGCUGAACAAGCACGUGACUUUUACGGAUUUGCUGUUGAUCCCGAUGACGAACGUAUGCAGUUUAUGUUAUUACAAUUAGAAGAAGCACAAAAAUCUGAAGAUAAGAAGGCACGCAAAGCCGCGAAGAAACUAGAAGCACAUCAGCAAUUGCAAAAACUAAUGGGUAUAACACCGGCAGCAGAAGAUGCAGCGGAAGAUAGUGCCGCUGCCGCACCAGUCGAUCCAUUGGCACCGGUUCCCGAAGCGAAAGAUAAAGAAACUGAUAUGAAAUUAUUUGCUAAACUUGUUUCUGAACGUAGUAAACUAGCGAAGGCUGCAUCGCGAAUGGCAGAUGAACAAGCAGCUGCUCAGGCAAAAGGACAGAAGAAGAAAUAA